AUGUCGUACGCCUACCUCUUCAAGUACAUCAUCAUCGGCGACACAGGCGUGGGCAAGUCAUGCCUGCUGCUGCAGUUCACCGACAAGAGGUUUCAGCCCGUGCACGACCUCACCAUCGGCGUCGAGUUCGGCGCCCGCAUGAUCACCAUCGACAACAAGCCCAUCAAGCUCCAGAUUUGGGACACGGCUGGCCAAGAAUCAUUCAGAUCUAUAACAAGAUCAUACUACAGAGGUGCUGCUGGUGCUCUUUUGGUUUAUGAUAUCACCAGGAGGGAAACUUUUAACCAUCUUGCGAGCUGGCUAGAAGAUGCAAGACAGCAUGCAAAUGCCAAUAUGACAGUGAUGUUAAUCGGAAACAAAUGUGAUCUGUCUCAUAGACGGGCUGUCAGCUACGAGGAGGGUGAACAGUUCGCCAAGGAGCAUGGUCUAGUCUUUAUGGAAGCAUCUGCAAAAACAGCACAAAAUGUUGAGGAGGCAUUCAUUAAGACGGCUGGAACAAUAUACAAGAAAAUCCAAGAUGGUGUUUUUGAUGUAUCUAAUGAGUCCUACGGAAUCAAAGUUGGCUAUGCUGUCCCCAAUGCAUCCGGAGGUGGUGCUGGCUCGUCCUCUCAAUCAGGUGGCUGCUGCAGUUAA